GUCUAAGCAUGCAGAUAAGCUGUGUUUUACCCACGCCCAAGUCAGACACAAAACAGCUUCAGAGAACUACAGAACACUGGAUCUCCGAGUAAGUCACAUUCAGAAAAUCUUCAGGAUGUUCCUUGCUAAAGCUUUGCUGAGUGGAGGAAGUGGAGGAAGUGGUAGCAGUCGUGGAGGAAACCUUGUACGUGGCCUUGGAGGGCUCCUGACAGGAGGUGCAGGUGCAGGGAAUAUUGGAGGACUUGUUGGAGGUCUCGUCAACCUUAUAAGUGAAGCGGCAGCUCAGUAUAACCCAGAGCCACCUCCACCUCCUCGCAAUCAUUUUACAAAUGUGGAAGCUCAGGAGAGUGAUGAGAUCAGACAAUUUCGUCGCCUGUUUGCCCAGCUGGCUGGAGAUGACAUGGAAGUGUGUGCCACCGAGCUAAGGGACAUCCUGAACAAAGUCCUUUCCAGACACCAAGACUUGAAGGCAGAUGGCUUCAGCUUGGACACCUGCCGCAGCAUGGUCGCCGUCAUGGACAGCGACGCGAGCGGCAAGCUGGGCUUUGAGGAGUUCAAGUACCUAUGGAACAACGUCAAGAAGUGGCAAGGUGUGUACAAGCAGUAUGACACUGAUCAGACAGGCGCUGUUGGGAGAGCCCAGCUGCCCAGCGCCUUGAGGGCUGCGGGGUUCCAGCUGAACGAGCAGCUGUGCCAGGUGAUUGUGCGCAGGUAUGCCGCCGAGGACGGCAGCAUGGACUUCAACAGCUUCAUCAGCUGCCUGGUGCGCCUGGACAGCAUGUUCAGGGCCUUCAAGUCCCUGGACCAGGAUGGAAGUGGCCACGUCAGAGUGACCAUUGAAGACUGGCUGCAGCUGACCAUGUAUUCGUGAAGGCGUGGCAAAGAAGAUACACCUGGAGCACUACACUCGUCUGCUACACUGCUGUGGUCUUUGCCUUUAGUCUUUCUAAGGCAGAUGCAGCAGUAGAUGGCUCAGCUUCAAGUGUAGUGAUUCCUCUUGUGCAUGCACUAGUCUGCUUUUCUGAGGGCUUUCUGUAGGUUGUUCAUUGGGCAGUUGCAUAAAUUCAGAAAAUUGUAAACUCUAAGGUUAGGGACUAUAUUGGAAAGAUCAAAGCUUAGUUACUGUUUCAUGUAA